CCGGGCGGAAGGAGAGGGAGGAGAGAGCCUGGCGAUGACGUCCGAGGAGGCGGGCAAUCGCGCUGUGGCGGGCGCUGAGAGAGCUCCUGAGAGGAAGCGGCAGCGGGCGGCCGCAGUAGCGCGCGAGAGCGGAGCCAAUCACCAGCUACAGUCCAGAGAUGAAGGACCUCGCCCUCAUGACCUGCUACAUCAUGUGAGGCUCCAAGGGCCAGUCCCAAGAGCUGGGGCUGGCUGUUUGUCAAAAGGCUUUGAACACUCUCAGGAGAAACCAGCUCUUCCCCCUCCGCAGUGCUGGCUGCGCUUCCCCUCCAGGCAGAUAGUUACUGACAAACUGUUUGGUCUCAUCAGACUCCCAUCAGCUCUAUGGGACUCUACCAUAGCACUGGAGCUAGAGUUCCUGGUUCUCAUUAACCUGCGGAGAGAGAUUCGCGAGGCACCCGGGAUUGAUGUGAUCGCCUGCGGCCUUGACUCGUCACUGCUCAUCUCCGUUGAAGCAGGGAGACUUGACGGGGGCUGUCGGGUCGAAUCAGCAGCAGUUGGCAGAGGUGUCCCUUCCUGGAGAUCUCUGACCACCUGUCACCAUGAGGCUUGGUGGCUGAUCAGUUUCGAGGCUGGCACCCCAACAGCUUGUCUGGUCCUGACAUCUGCAGCCUCUGAAAUGCCUGUGUCUGGCUCUUCCAUUCUCCAGCCAGCGAUGCCACUGACCGACCUACCUACCAGCAGAUACUGUAAAUAUCUCUGGUGAAAAGUCCUGUAUGAGCAAAACCUGAGCCUCAAGUAUUAACAGAUUCAGACAGCAAGGUUAAGUCUGUGUGCUAACGAACUAGUUAAAAAUACCUUCUCAAACCCGUGACCUGUUUCUCGGCGAAUCCCAACGAAAAGCCUAUUGCUGUGGUGGUGGUGGUGCCGCCAAAUUAUCUGCCGACCCUUAUCCUAUACCAGUGCACAAGUUAGCAGGCCGAUCUGCAGGCCGAAUUCCUGUCUGGCCCCAGUUCUGCAGUGCUGCAUGUGACUAUAUUGCAUGAGGCGAGGGUUUCAGACAAAGAGGCUGGCUUCUUGGUGCUCUCUGCUGUUGUAACAUUUCUGUGAAAUGAAUUUAAAUAUGAAAGGGUUUGAAAUAGCGAAUGUCUGCGUCUGUUGUCUUUAGUAUUUGACUAUUAUAACAUAUAUUUAAUUUUAAUAAAACCUGAGAUGUCAAUGCUCA